AUGUACGAGAGGUUAGGCCUAGGAGAGUUGUCACCUACACGCAUGUCUUUGUCUUUAGCCGAUAGAUCCGUUAAGUAUCCACGUGGCAUUAUCGAAAACCUUUUAGUCAAAGUGGAUAAGUUCGUCUUCCCCGUAGACUUUGUUGUUCUUGAUAUGGAAGCCGACGAAAAGGUUCCUAUCAUUCUAGGACGGCCAUUCUUGUGUACCGCCAAGGCCAUCAUUGAUGUCUUUGACGGGAAAAUCACACUUCAAGUCGGUGAGGAGAGGGUCACUUUCGAGAUAGCACGCUCCAUGGAACACCCUAGUGGUUCCGAUGACCUUAUUGAGAAUAGGAUAGACGAGGUAGUUGAGAAAGUAGAGGAGGUUGUUAGUGAGAGUGAAGAGGUAGAAGAGAACGAGUGGGUCCCCGAGGUACUAGCAUUGAGUGAGAUCAAAAGUGAGAGUGAGAGUACACCUAUAGAGAAACCCGCCCCAUUAGAACUCAAAGUCCUCCCGUCCCACUUAGAGUACGCUUUCUUAGAAAUUAAGGAUAAAAAGGGAACGGAAAACGUGGCCGCCGAUCAUUUAUCACGUUUAGAGGAUCCAAAGAGAGAAGAGGUGCGUGAGGAUUCCAUAGGAGACACUUUUCCCCAUGAAACCAUAGAUUUUGUUAGUGCCGAGGCAGAGGGUUUGCCAUGGUUCUCGGACUUGGCGAAUUAUUUAGCGACCGGUGAUCUUGUGAGGGGUAUGUCUUUUCAACAAAAGAAAAAGCUUCUUAGGGAGGCUAGGAAGUACAUUUGGGACGACCCGUACCUAUUUAGGAUAGGUGGAGAUAGAGUGCAUAGGAGAUGCGUUUCAAAGGAGGAUGGGCUAGACAUCCUUAGACAUGUGCACGAGGGUUUAAUGGGAGGACAUCACGGAGCGAAUGUGACGGCACAAAAGGUAUUUGAUAAUGGUUUUUAUUGGCCAACGGUAGUUAAGGAUGCCGUAGAAGUCCCUAAAGCUAUCAUAAGUGACCGUGGCACGCAUUUUUGCAAUUCCGCCAUGGAAAAAGCACUUGCACGCUAUGGUGUCACUCACCGUCUUUCUACCGCAUACCACCCGCAAACUAGUGGCCAAGUAGAGAAUGCUAACCGAGGGGUGAAGAGAAUCCUAGAGAAAACGGUAGGAAAAAGUAGAAAGGAUUGGUCGGAAAAGCUUGACGACGCUUUGUGGGCUUUCCGCACCGCCUAUAAGACACCGUUAGGAACAACACCCUUUAUGAUUGUGUAUGGCAAAGCGUGCCAUCUUCCGGUAGAGUUAGAGCAUAGAGCUUUAUGGGCUUUGAAAACCGUUAAUCUUGACCUUACCGAGGCCGCUAGAAGGAGGUUCCUCCGAAUUCACGAGUUGGAAGCAUUGAGGGAUGCCGCCUAUGAACGAUCUUGGAGUAUCAAGGAAAAAACUAAGGCGUUGCAUGAUAGGAGGUUGCGAGGCGUGAAAGAGUUUAAGGUAGGUGAUAAAGUGAUUUUGUUCAAUUCGAGGUUGAAAUUGAUAGCAGGGAAAUUGAAAUCGAGAUGGAGUGGGCCGUAUGUGGUGAAAGAAGUGUUUCCAUACGGCACGGUUGAAUUAUACGACGAAGUUGACAAAGGUGUGUGGAAGGUAAACGGUCAUAGACUGAAACAUUACUUGGGAGGUCCCAUUGAUACCACCGAAGAGGAAGAAAUUCCUCUAGAGGACCCACCUACCUUCACCGAUCAGUUUCAUCACCGCUACGGAAUGGAGAAAGCAUGA